AGCCCGAGCCGGAAGCGCGGUCCCCCGGCGGCCGCGACAUGUGCAGGAUGUCCUUCAAGAAGGAAACUCCACUUGCCAAUGCCGCAUUCUGGGCCGCGAGGAGAGGGAACCUGGCCCUGCUCAGGCUGCUGCUGAACAGCGGCCGGGUGGACGUGGACUGCAGGGACAGUUACGGCACCACGCUCCUCAUGGUCGCCUCCUACGCUGGUCACAUAGACUGUGUGAAGGAACUUGUUCUCCAAGGAGCAGACAUCAAUCUCCAGAGAGAGUCAGGUACAACUGCCCUGUUCUUCGCUGCCCAGCAAGGCCAUAAUGAUGUCGUGAGAUUUCUCUUUGAAUUUGGAGCAUCCACUGAAUUUAGAACAAAAGAUGGGGGCACUGCCCUGUUGGCCGCCAGUCAGUAUGGGCACAUGCAAGUGGUGGAUACCUUGCUGAAGCAUGGAGCUAACAUCCACGACCAGCUUUAUGAUGGGGCCACUGCACUCUUCCUAGCUGCCCAAGGUGGUUACUUGGAUGUUACUCGGUUACUGUUGUCUUCGGGAGCAAAGGUCAACCAGCCGAGGCAGGACGGGACGGCGCCGCUGUGGAUCGCGUCUCAGAUGGGCCACAGCGAGGUGGUGAGGGUGAUGCUGCUGCGCGGAGCCGAGCGCGACGCCGCCCGCGACGAUGGUACAACAGCAUUACUGAAAGCAGCCAACAAAGGGUAUAAUAAUGUUAUAGAGGAAUUGCUGAAAUUCUCACCCACCCUUGGUAUUUUGAAGAACGGGACCUCGGCACUCCAUGCGGCGGUGCUCAGCGGGAACAUUAGGACAGUUGCGCUGCUGUUGGAAGCCGGGGCAGACCCAGCCCUGAGAAACAAGGCCAAUAAACUUCCAGCAGAACUAACCAAAAACGAACGUAUAUUGCGUCUCCUCCGAGGUCAAGAAGGACAUAGGAAGAGCUAAGAAGCUUAAUUGCGUAUU